CGGUCACACUGUUUCUCCCUCUUUUCGCCAAAAAUUUGUUGGCGUGUUGUCAAAUUUUUAUAGUUUGAUAGGCUUUGCAUUUUCUGUAGCAACGAAAAAGAUAAAACAGCGACAAUGUACGGCGGAGACGACUACGCAAGCAAUUCGGAGUACUACGAUGACUUCGCGCACACCGGGGACCCGCAGCUGGAUAUGGAGUACGAGAGGAAUUACUUCGCCACCCGGAUGCCUGACAACGUCAAGUACUUCUUGAUCAACUUCUGCCAGGCGAUCAAGGAGGGAAACCUAUACGACAUCCAGAACAUGUACGAGAACACUUUCCCGCAGAUCAGCGACCACCACUUCGACAAGACAGCUUGGCCCGAGGAACAGGAUGUGGGAGCCAUCGUCGACAACGACAAGGUCUUCCUGAUUUUGUACAAGGAGCUAUACUACCGGCACAUUCACGCCCGUAUCCCAGGCGGCCCUAAGUUGGACCAGAGGAUCAACUCUUUCUUCAACUACUGCGACUUCUUUAACCUUAUCAUCUCGGCUCAGAACCCGGUGAUGCUGGAGCUGCCCGACAUUUGGCUGUGGGAGCUAGUGGAUGAGUUCGUGUAUCAGUUCCAGAACUUUGCGCAGUAUCGCGCCCGCCUGACGGACAAAUCCCAGGACGAGAUCCAGCAGUUGUGCGUUAAUCACAGCAAUGUGUGGAGCAUCCUCUGCAUCCUUAACGUGCUGCACUCCCUGGUGGACAUCUCGAACAUUAAGAAGCAGCUGGAGGCUAUUUCGCAGGGCGUGGAUCCCCAAACCGUAGCCGGCGACUUCGGCAAGUUGUCCUUCUAUAAGAUGUUGGGAUACUUCUCCCUCGUCGGCCUGCUGCGCGUGCACUCGCUGCUGGGUGACUACUAUCAGGCAAUCAAGGUCCUGGAGCCCAUUGAGAUUCAUAAGAAGUCCGCCUACUCGCACAUCCCCGCCUGCCAGAUCUCCACGUCCUACUACGUGGGUUUUGCCUACAUGAUGAUGCGCCGCUAUGCUGAUGCCAUCCGCACUUUCUCCGACAUCUUACUGUACAUUCAGCGUACAAAGCAGUUGUACAGCACGCGGUCAUACCAGAACGACCAGAUCAACAAGCAGGCCGAGCAAAUGUACCAUCUGCUAGCCAUCUGCCUGGUGUUGCAUCCCCAGUGCAUCGACGAGUCCAUCCAGCAGGUCCUUAGGGAGAAGAACUACCACGAUGCCAUGUUCAAGAUGCAGUGUGGCGACCUGGAGGUCUUUAAAUCUUUCUUCGUGUUUGCCUGCCCGCGGUUUGUGAGCCCAUGCCCACCAGCUGCGGAUGCGCCCAUGGAGGACUACGUGAAGGACCCUAUGGAGCACCAGUUGCUGGUGUUCAUGGACGAGGUGCGCCAACAGAAAGAUCUGCCCACGACGCGCUCGUAUCUGAAACUUUACACCACCCUGCCGCUGACCAAACUCGCCUCCUUUAUCGAUCCCAAUGCAAGCGAGGAUGACGUGUCGAAGCUGCUUAUUCGUCUCCUUUGCUUCAAGCACAAAAUGCGCAAUCUCGUGUGGAGCAAGGGACCUAGCGGACUGGAGGGAACGUUCAAGUCCGGUUCUGAGUUGGACUUCUACAUCGACGACGACAUGAUUCAUAUAGCUGACACCAAGGUUUCACAUCGCUAUGGUGACUUCUUUGUGCGUAAAAUCCUUAAGUUCAACGAUCUGAAUCGCAAACUGAAGAACAUCAACAUUUAAGCCAUUUAAGUCGACUCGUUGUGACCCCUUAAUGAUUUAUUUAAUAUUCCAAACUGGACCGAUUUGUCUUGAUAUCAAUAAAAAAAUCGCUUGCGUUUAUGCGCAAGUUUGGUCCCACAAA